UGGAUAUCCUCACCAUACUUACUUAUCCACAUAGAUGGACUCUAUAUAAGAAUCGCUCAUCCGCGGCAGCUAGUAUCCAUCUCCUUCAGCCAUUGGCGGAUCAACCCGACAAAAUGCAACGCUAUCGCGGUGGUAUUUUGGCCAUUUCAACACCUCUCCUGCUCGUCUCACUCUUUUUGUUUCUGAUCCCUUGUGUGCUUUCUCGCAACAACGGCAUUUUAUCGAACAACCGCAAGUUUCUGGCACCUAACGACGACGCGGAUAGGUAUGCUGUGAUUUUUGAUGCCGGUAGUUCAGGAAGUAGAGUUCAUGGGUUCCGUUUUGAUAAGGAUUUGGAGCUUGUACACAUUGGCAAUGAACUUCAGCUUUUUGAGCAGGUAUGGCCAGGUUUGAGUUCAUAUCCAGACAACCCACAAGAGGCUGCAGAUUCUCUUCUGCCUCUAUUAGAGAAAGCCAACGAGGUUGUUCCAAAAGAUGUCCAACCAGAUACACCUGUUAAAGUCGGGGCAACUGCAGGUCUGAGAAUGUUGGGAGAUGAGACAUCAGAAAAAAUAUUGCAAGCUGUGAGAGAUCUUCUAAAAGAUAAGAGUAACUUCAAGACCAAAGAUGAUUGGGUAACUGUUUUGGAUGGAACUCAAGAAGGUUCUUACCUAUGGGUGGCCAUAAAUUAUCUGUUAAAAAAUGUAGGCAAUGAUUAUUCAAGCACGGUUGGGGUUGUUGAUCUUGGUGGUGGAUCGGUACAAAUGGCAUAUGCUAUUUCAGAAGUAGAUGCGGCCAAGGCUCCGACUAAUGCACAAGGCGAAGAUCCUUAUGUGACAGAAAUGUAUCUCAAAGGAAGCAAAUAUUACAUUUAUGUUCACAGUUAUUUGAACUAUGGAUUGUUAGCAGCUCGAGCUGGGAUCCUCGGUCUUGAUAAAGAUGCUGACAACCCAUGCAUCUUAGCUGGUUAUGACGGGGUUUAUUCGUAUGGAGGAAUUGAUUACAAAGUUUCCGCACCUUCCUCUGGUUCAAACAUCAUCAAGUGUCGGAAACAAGCAUUGGAAGUUUUAAAAGUAAACGAAUAUUGCCCAUAUAAGGAUUGCACAUUUGGUGGUGUAUGGAAUGGUGGUGGUGGUCUUGGUCAAAACACUAUGUAUGUUGGUUCCUACUUCUACGAUCGAGCGGCUCAGGUUGGUUUUAUCGAUGAAAGUCAACGUGUUGUCGAAGCUCGUCCACUAGAUUUCCAGGUGGCGGCUCUGGGCGCUUGCUUAACGACACUUGAAGACGCUAAAUCUAGAUAUCCUAAAGUUGACCCCAAUGACCUGCCCUAUUUAUGCAUGGAUCUUGUGUAUCAAUACACUCUACUUGUAGAUGGCUUUGGCUUCAAACCUUGGCAAACUAUUACCCUUGUGAAACAAAUAAAGUAUCAAGAUGCGCUGGUUGAAGCUGCAUGGCCAUUAGGCAGUGCAAUUGAAGCAGUCUCAUCAAACAAUGCACUUGAAGUAGUGUAAGAAGCGGUCAUUUAACUAAAUGUGACUACCAUUAUCAGUUGUAUCAUGAAUUAAUAAAGGCUUCUACCAUUUUCACAUUCUUUUUCACUUUAUCUCUCUUUAUAUAUAUCUAUGUACCUAUAAAGAGAGAUAGAGUAUAGGGGUGUAUGAAUAUUAAUUCCCUUAAUAAAACCGAUGCCCCGUAGGUUAUCGUUAGAUCAA